AUUUUUUUAAAUUGCUAAUAAUGCAAAGUUUGGGCGAUGUAGGAAUAGAUGAUUGGGCUAAACUUAACCCUGAUUCAAACCCCACCUCAGCCAUGAAGCUUCUGGAGAUGUCCUUGGGUCAGCUGCUUUCUGUAAACAUCCAUGUUUUCAUCUUUCAACACUAUUAAACUGCUUCACCUUCUUCCAGAGGGUUUUUUCCAACUUUCCAACAGCCUCAGAACCUUCUGAUGGUCUCCAAGUCAAGUACUAACCAGACUAUCCCUGCUUAGUGCCCAGACCCAGAUAAUGACCAAAUCAAAUGGAAUACAAAACGAACAACUGCAGGCGUUUCGGGAAUGAUCAUCUGCAGGAAAAAGAAUGGCUCACCGGCUGGAAUUUUCAGCUUCCUUUUUGUACUCACGUUAUGUUUUUUGUCGUAUUAUUGGAGGAAAAGCAGAGACUGGUAUCCUGUGAAUGGAAGCACUCACCAAGAGAAGCUUCACAGUCAUUCUUGUAAAGGCCAAGGCUAUUUAACUAACGCCACCAUCACCCCACUCCGAGAUAAAAACAGCUUUAUCAUAGCCCCCUAUUCCGACAAGAGGGACGGAAAUUUCAUCCGCGUUCUGAGUAUUGUUCACCAUGAAAAAGUCAAGGAACUCUACUGCAUGUUUUGCUGUCAAAAUAGUAACCGUACUGUUAUCGUGAAGGCUGAGAUAGACAUCCACUCCGACCGAUUUGAAUUCCCUUAUGGCAUGGCAGAUUUGCUUUGCCUUGAGCCACAAGGCUGCGACCCCCAGUUCAUCUCUGUCCACCCCUCCGCUGAUCCAGAGGCCAGCCAGCUGCCCUUAUUUCAAAUCCAAAACCUCCGCUCGGAGAACCCCACUCUGGAGUUCACCGUGUGCAUUUCUACCAUGUUUGGAGAAUACAGUAACGUCUUGCAGUUUGUACAGAGCAUAGAGUUGUAUAAAAUCCUGGGGGCGCAGAAGGUGAUGAUUUAUAAGAACAGUUGCAGCCCGCUGUUGGAGCAAGUCCUAGAAUAUUAUAUCUCCGAAGGCACUGUUGAAAUAAUUCCUUGGCCAAUCCACUUGUACCUGAAAGUUUCAUCUUACUGGCAUCACUCCAUGGAUGAGAAAGAUAUUGGCUACUAUGGGCAAAUCACGGCCUUGAAUGACUGCGUUUACCAUAAUAUGUACAGAAGCAAAUAUGUAGUGCUUAUUGAUGCUGAUGAAGUGAUUCUCCCCAUUAAGGAUGCAGACUGGAAAUCCCUAAUGCAAAGACUGGAAAAGGAGAAUCCAGAAGAUGGGGUUUUCCUGUUUGAAAACCAAGUAUUCCGUAAGACUGUGGUUUCCACAACUCCCUUCAACUUCUCAUCAUGGAGAAUGGUGCCAGGAGUCAACAUGUUUGAACAUAUCCACAAAGAACCAAAUAGAAUUGAUGAUUUCAAUAACAGGAAAAUGAUCGUUGAUCCAAGGAAAGUAAUUCAGACAUCAGUCCAUUCUAUUCUCAAAUCGUAUGGAGAUUCCAUCCAGGUUUCUAAUCAUCUUGCCAUUAACUUCCAUUGCAGGAUCCCUGAACGUAAAGAUUUGCCUGACAACGCUUUGAUUCGAGACUCAAUAUUCUGGAGAUAUAACAAAACUUUGAUUGCAAAAGUUAACAAUGCCUUGCUUAAAUCCAGCAUUUUAGGACCCAAUGGCCCAGCAUAAUGGCAAAAAAGUUGAUCCCUUCACAGAUAGCAUGUGCAUACUCAGUGUCUAGAUGGCUGGACGUUUCAAAAAAGAAUGGAAUCAUUUUAAUGCAGGGAGGAUUUUUUUUUAUAUAUACAGCUCUGUAAUAUACCUCUUAAUUGCAUGAUCUACCUUGACACUCUUUCUACUUCAGGAAAAAAAUGCUCCUUAUCGGAUGCAGCAUCACAUCUUAAGCCCCUCUUCCAUGAAGACUAAUGUUUAGUCUUUUGAUGAUGUUCCAUUAAAGUAUUAAUGUUGCACCA